AUGGACCCUAUUCCAACUCUAGUCACGCUGAGCACACGGCCUGAUAUCUGGAAACCGGAUGAUGACUGGACGGGCGUGACGAAUCAGACCCGAAGAAAGAAACUCCAGAACCGCAUCAGUCAGCGAGCUUAUCGCCGCAGAAAAAGACAACAAGCUAGCCAGUCGAGUUCUGGUUGCUCAACCGUUCAUCAUCCAAGAAGUGAUAUCGGCAACUUGAACAAUGAGAUUCAGGUCCAGCAAGUGACAUUGGCAGGACUCCCUCAGUACAGCACGGACGAUAAGAUUGCAGCUCUUUUCCAGGGCUGCACCCUUUUAACAUGUCCUAAUCGAAUUAACCAAAUCACUUGUCUCAUCAGACAAGCCUACGAGGACUACUCCCUACAGGCACCCCGGCCCGCGUAUCUGCCAGUCCUCAUCCGGCUGAACGUCCUCAACGCGCUAGCUCGGAACGCCAUCUCCAUGGGGUUCCCGCCAGAAGGGCUCUGUCGCGAUGAGGCCAUCUCCCCUUACAAUGCAAAUGGGCCCCAACUUUCCAACAACCCGCAACCGGCCACAUCAUGCCCCCCAGCACUACAGCCGACGUCCUUUCAGGCAACGGUAGUGCAUCAUCCAUGGAUUGAUUUACUCCCGUUUCCUCAGCUUCGCGAUAAUAUGCUCACGUAUAUGGAAGCUGGGCUGGUGGACGAUGAGGAGCUGUGUGAGGACCUUCUCAUGGUGGAUGAUCCGCGGGGUCUCGAUAGUAAACCCUCGUUGAUUGUGUGGGGAUGGUCGUGGGAUCCCCAAGCCUGGGAAGCCAAUCCUGCCUUUUUACGAAAAUGGGGGUUUCUACUACGAGGGUGCACGGAAAUCAUCGAGGGCACUAACUAUUGGAGGGGGAAAAGAGCCGAGGUUGACUUGGCGAUGAAUCCUGUUUUACAUGACACAUAA